AUGGAGCGCAGGCCCCGCGUCCCGGAGGCGGGGAGCCAGCUCGGCUCCGCGGCCGGACUCAGGGCCCAGGCUCGACGCUGCAGCGCCGGGGCGAGGCCUGCGGGCUGGGCCUCCGGGCCGCGCCGCCGCGCCUUCCCGCCCGAGCGCCCGCGCGGCGGCGGGACUCAACCGAGGCGGGGGCACGGAGCCGGCUGGGAGGCCGCGGCCCGACCCUCGCCGGGCGGCCCCGCCGCCGCGACCCAAACGGUCACGGGCGGCCGAGGCGGCGCGGGCAGGCCGAGGCGUUGCGCAAGAGGCUGGGGGGCGCCCCGGUCUGCGCGGGAGGGAGGCGCGGAGCCCGGCCGGCGGAGGGCGGGAGGGUGCGGGGCGCGGGGCAAGGGGGGAGGGCCGCGCGUCGCCGGCCGCCGCCGCGCCGCCACUCACCAGCUCCGCCGACGAGCGCUACCUCAGGCAGCGAGGGAAGAUGGUGGCCGCGCCGCGCGGAGGAGGGGGCCGGCGCGCCGAGAGGGGGUACGCGCGGGACGCAGGCGUCGCUGCCGCGGCCGCUUCCUCCUCACGGCCGGCCGGCCGCCGCGAAUCCCGGCGCCCCGGUUUCUGCGCCGCCCUCCUCAGCCUUCGUGCAGCCGCCGCCGCUCAGCGCCAGAGCAGAGGGCGCCUCGUGGGGACCGUGCGGCGGCGCGAGACCCCGAGGCCAUCUGCGUACGGCGGCGGCGGCCCGGCGGCUGGAGCGCGGCCGCGUCACGUGACCGCACUGUUUACCGUUCCGGGGCAGCGCCGCGCCUGCGCGCUGCGGGCCUCGGGCCUCCGAGGGCGCGGCCCGCCCGCGGCCCCGCCAGAGCUGCGCGCGCCCGCUCUUCCGUGGCUCAUUGA